GCGAGGAAAGGGGAAGGAGGCGGCGGCAAGGGAGGUGAAAGAUGUUUGACAGCCUGCUCAACUCCAAGUUCCACAACAAAUGCAAGCACGCGAUCAAAUGCACCCGGACCCGGCUGGAUCUGGUGCGGCGGAAGAAGCAGGCCAUGGUCAAGUUCCUCAGGAAGGACGUCGCCGACCUCAUCACCAACGGCCUUGAGUCGCACGCCUUCGGACGGAUGGAAGAACUGAUUGUGGAGAUGAACCAGGCGUCAAACUACGAUGUCAUCGAGCAGUAUUGCGAGUACAUAGCCAAGCAGCUCAACAUCCUGCAGAAACAGAGUGAAUGCCCUCACGAAGCCUUGGAACCUGUGUCAACUCUGAUUUUCGCUGCUGCUAGAUACCCUGACUUGCCUGAACUGUGUGACCUCCGACAUGUAUUCACAGAGAGAUAUGGGGCUUCCAUUGAACCUUUUGUUAGCUCUGAGUUUGUUCAGAAGCUUCAGAACAAGUCAUUUACUAAAGAGGAGAAGUUGCUAGUGAUGCAAGACAUUAUUGAAGAAUUGGCACUCCCAUUUAAUAUCAAGGAAAUCGAACGGAAGAUAUCUGGUGUACCUCAAAACAAAAAGGAUCUUCUGAAGAAGGGUUCAUUUAAUGGUGUAGAGGUUGAAGCAUCAGGGCGCAAUGGGCACAAGGUAGAUAAGCAUGCUGUGCUUGAAAGGAAAUCCAAAUCCAUACCUGAAGGGCGUGACCGGAGGCAGGAAGUUCAGAUAAAGCCAAAAGAUAUUCAUGUUGUUCCUGAUUGUGUUGGUCAAGUUGGCGAGAGAAGCAGGAAGAACUAUUCAGAUAAACCUACGGAGAAGAAACAUAUGGAUAAUGAUGUCCUUCCUUUGGACAUGAAGCGAAGGAAUGGUCCAACAGAGGUCAAGAAAGAUGAGAAAAAGGGUGGUCAAUCUUGGAGGGAACUGAUGAAUGCAGAGGAGUUGGAUCUUAAUGGCUCAAAGAAACAGGAGGUUGCUGCAGCAAAACCUCUUCAGAGAGAAAUCAAGAAGAUAGUUCCUCCAUACACUGAACUAAAGGACACCGAGAAGAAAAAUGGGUACCAUCGAUCCCACAUGGCUGGUGGCACUGAUCAUAAUUGGGGACAUGCUGACUUGGGGCUUAAAACUCUGGGCCUGGAGAAGCAAGGAAGUGAGUCAGCUAGCACCUUGAACGGUAAAACAGCAAACAAAGUUCCUCCUUAUUCUAAGCCAUACAGAGCAAUGAGUGAGAAGCCUUCUGAAGACGAUAAUGUUGGUUUGUAUAAUCAAGCACGUCAUAUAGGAGAGUUUGGACAGACGGUGCAAGAUAAGCAGCAAAUGCCAGAGAAGAAGGCAGCCAAUAUGCGGCCUCCCUAUGUUAAGCCCAACACUAACAUGAAAUCAGUGCAUGAAAAUCCGGCAAAUGAAGUUGCUCAUGGGUACAGGCACAAUGGUUCGGAAGCAACAGGUCACCGGAGAGAUGGUCUGGCUGCUGAUGAUGCACCUCGGCCUGUCUCAGUCAGAAGGAAAAGCGCAAAGCCACCUGUACAUGGUUCUCCAUACGAUGAAGUGACUAAUGAUGAAAAGAUGGCAAACCAAACACCUGGUGGCCGAACAAGACGCUCAGCGUACGAUGAAGCGACUAAUGAUGAAAAUAUGGCAAACCAAACACCUGGUGGCCGAACAAGACGCUCAAGCAACAGGAAUGGUCACCAUGAGGACUACGAACGACGAAAACACUCAAGCAGGCAGAAUGGAUCGGCAAGCGGCAGUGACUACCAAACGGAGGAAGAUGAGACGGACAAUGCGAUUGACUUCGGCAAUCUUCUGCCUCGAGCACCUAGCUCGCAUCGGAAACACAGGAGCAGGAGUGCCCAUCCCCGUGAAGGCAGCAGCCAUGAUGACGAGGAAAGGAUGAUGGACAAGCUUCUGAGGCACUACAGCAAGAAGGGCAUGGAGAGGGAGGAGGAGCACAGGACAAGGACAAAAUCCCGGACCCCUCGCCCUCGAGCCGAUCACCCUGCUGAUGGCAACAAAGAACGAUCCAGCAGAGAUCAUCCUGAAAGAGCCGUAUCUCUGCCCACGGAAUCUGACUCCCCAGUUGCAAAGCCGAAGACUCCUCCUCCUGCUCGGUCCAUGUCACUGCAGCCGGACACGACUAGGGGCAACGUGCACCCGAGAAUGCCGGACUUUGACGAGCUGGCUGCACGAAUCAGUGCUCUGAAGAGGGCGUGAGCUGCCUGCCACCGGUCUGUCUCCACUCUUGAGGCUUCGGCAAUCGGUAUUGUCCGUGUUCUAUCACAGCAUCUCAUGAUGCUGAUCACAUGAAUCAGAGGAUGAUCUCAUGAUGCAGAUCACAUGAAUCAGAGCAUGCUCUUCAUUGGUGGCCUUGUUUCGACCUUUGUUUCUUUCUUUUGGUGGUAUACUUGCUUGCAUUGCGUUGCAUUGCUCCCUGUGUGAUGUCUAGGUAGAUGAUUGGUAGGAGUAGUUGAAUG